UAAUGACGGAGAACAUCGUGUAUUUUAAAAUGAAACACGAGGCACAAACAUAUAAAAUUCCAAUAUAAGGAGUGAAUGUGCAAUUAAAAGAUUUACGUCAAAAAAUAAAAGAUUUUCUAAGUAAGAAAUUUAAAUAUCAAAAUCUAGAAAUGCCUUAAGCUUAGAAAGGAUAGUCUAAUUAAAAUUUUGAAGAAUUAGUUAUCUAUGGAGAAUUAGAGUAAAAUGGUGGAUAAGAAAAAGCAUUAGGAUUAGCUGAUAAAGUAAAAUAAUUAUAUUAAUAUUUAUUUAGGUUAGAAAUAAAUAAACAGUGAUAGUAGUGAGACAACCAUACCAGUAAGGCCAAUCGUUGUGUGAGUCAUGUCUAUCUGCAAAAAGCACAUCUUAGACCCCUUGUUGUUAGAGAAGAAUAUGCCAAGGAUGUGAAGAACAAUUUAUCAAAGUUACGAAGUGUUUCUUUAAUGAGCUACAAUAAUGUCCAUUUAAAUAUGUCAAUUAUCAAGUUUAGACUAUCAAGUAAUAAACUGAGAUCUCCAACGCAGAGUUGGAAUAAUAAAUUAAAAAUGCUGUUUUCUUUAUUGUUAAGAGUAAUACCGAACAGAAUGUGAUUUUGGCCAAAACUCAUGAUGUUUGGGCUACUACUCGUCGUAACUUUGGCACUCUUAUGGAUUAAUUUAAUAACAAAAAAGUCAUUUUGAUUUUUAUUGCUAAUCGUGUUGAAAAAUUUUUAGGUUGUGCUAAGAUGAAGAAUAUACAAGUUCCUCGAGAUCCAAAAUGGUAAUGGUGUGGUACAUCCACUAUUCAAUUGGCUGAUAAUUUUUCAAUUGAAUGGUUAAGAAAGGGUACUGUUGAUUUUUCCAAAUUGUAAGAUACCAUUAAUCCAAAAACUGGAGAUCUGGUGAUCAGGAGUAAAGAUUGUUAAGAAGUUCCAGCUGUAAUGAUCCUAUUAUUAAUUUUAUUUAUCAGGAUAUUGGUCAACGUAUAUGUCUAUUGUUUGAAUAAAUCAAAUAAAACGACGAAGAAUAAGAACCACUGCCCCAACCUUAAUAAGAGCCAACUCCAAAGAAGGAAGAGAACGAAUGGGAUUGCGAUCAAAUAGUUUGUAUAUACAAUUAAUUACAAUUAAUUAAAGCUCCUGUCAAUCGAAGUCCAUUUAGAGAAUAACCACAAAAUUCACCAAGUCGUUCCCCAAGUAACUAGAACAUUCCUUCCCAAAAUAUAUAAUUAAAUUAGGCAUAACAUGCUUUAUUAAAUUAAACCAUAGCAUCAUUGGUAUAAUAAUAAUAGAUGGAAAUUAAUUGGAAUAAGAUGAAUGUGGGUAAAAUACCUGGAUUAACAGGAAAAGUAUAAUAUCCACAUCCAUUCUUAUAAAAAUAUAGUUAAAAAUAGAAUAAAAUGGCAGAAGCCUUAUUAUAAAUGGUUUAAAAAGAAACUGAAAGAAAAGACAAAGAAAAGAAAUCAUCAAGUCAUUCUAAAAAGCAUAAAAAGAAGAAGGAAAGAGAUAGAAGUUCUUCUGAUGAAAAAAGAAGAUCAAGUAUCAUUAUUUUAUUAAUAAUAGGGAAAAAAAGUAAGGAAAGAAAAGAAAAAAAAUCAAAACAUAAAAAGAGAAGUCGAAGUAGAAGUAGAUCAAGAGAUCAUAAGAAAAAGAAGCAUUGA